AUGCUAUCUAUCUAUCUCAUUUAUCUAUCUAUCUAUCUAUCUAUCUAUCUAUCUCAGUCUUUUCAUUAUUCUAUUCAUUUCAUUUAUCUAUCUAUCUAUCUAUCUCAUCUAUCUAUUUCAUCUAUCUAUCUAUCUAUCAUCUAUCUAUUUUUAAUCUGUUCAUCUAUCUAUCUAUCUAUCUAUUUUAAUCUGUUCCCAUUCAUCUAUCUAUCUAUCUAUUUUAAUCUGUUCCAUUUCAUCUAUUCAUCUAUCUAUCUAAUUUAUCUGUUCCUAUCUAUUCAUCUAUCUAUCAUUUUAAUUUUUUCCUAUCUAUCUGUUCAUCUAUCUAUUUUAAUCCAUCUAUCUAUCUAUUAUCUGUUAAUCUAUUCUAUCUAUCUAUUAUCAUCUAUCUAUCUAUCUAUCAUCUAUCUAUCUAUCUAUCUUUUUAAUCUGUUCCUAUCCAUCUAUCUAUCUAUCUAUCUAUUCUGUUCCAUUCAUCUAUCUAUCUAUCUAUCAUUAAUAUCUAUCUAUCUAUCUAUCUAUCUAUCUAUUUUUAUAAAUCCUAUUCAUAUCUAUCUAUUUUUUAAUCUGUUCCAUUAUCAUCUAUCUAUCUAUCUAUUUUAUUCUAUCUAUCUAUCUAUCUAUCUAUCUAUCUAUCUAUCUAUCUAUCAUGUCCCGCCUUUGAAGCCCUCUUAUGCCUCAGAAAUGUCAACUCUUUCGUAUUUCUCUUAUAUCAGUGUCCCGUCUUUGAAGCCCGCUUAUGCCUCUGAAAUGUCAACUCUUUCGUCUUUCUCUAAUAUCAGUGUCCCGUCUUUGAAGCCCUCUUAUGCCUCAGAAAUGUCAACUCUUUCGUCUUUCUCUAAUAUCAGUGUCCUUGUCCCGUCUUUUUUGAAGCCCUCUUAUGCCUCAGAAAUGUCAACUCUUUCGUCUUUCUCUUAUAUCAGUGUCCCGUCUUUGAAGCCCGCAUAUGCCUCUGAAAUGUCAACUCGUUUCUUUCUCUUAUAUCAGUGUCCCGUCUUUGAAGCCCUCUAUCAGAAAUGUCAACUUUUCGUCUUUGAUCAGUGUCCCGCCUUUGAAGCCCCUUGUGCCCAGAAAUGUCAACUCUUUCGUCUUUCUCUAAUAUCAGUUGUCCCGUCUUUUGAAGCCCUCUUAAGUGCCUCAGAAAUGUCAACUCUUUCGUCUUUCUCUAAUAUCAGUGUCGCGUCUUUGAAGCCCUUAAGCCUAUGCCUCUUGUCAACUCGUUCUUUCUUUCUCUUAUAUCAGUGUCCCGUCGUUGAAGCCCUCUUAGAAAUGUGCCUCAGAAAUUGUCCCGUCUUUGAAGCCCGCUUAAGUGCCUCAGAAAUGUCAACACUUUCGUCUUUCUCUAAUAUCAGUGUCCUGUCUUUGAAGCCCGCUUAUGCCUCAGAAAUGUCAAAUCUUUCGUCUUUUCUAUAUCAGUGUCCCUCUUUGAAGCCCUUUAAGUGCCUCUCAAAUGUCAACUCUUUCGUCUUUCUCUUAUAUCAGUGUCCUUGUCCCGUCUUUGAAGCCCUCUUAAGUGCCUCUGAAAUGUCAACUCUUUCUUCUUUCUCUUAUAUCAGUGUCCCGCUUUUGAAGCCUCUUAAGCCUCAGAAAUUGUCCCGUCUUUUGAAGCCCCUUAAGUGCCUCAGAAAUGUCAACUCUUUCGUCUUUCUCUUAUAUCAGUGUCCAGCCUUUGAAGCCCGCUUAAGUGCCUCUGAAAUGUCAACUUUUUCGUCUUUCUCUUUAUAUCAGUGUCCCGUCUUUGAAGCCCUCUUAAUGUCCCGUUUUGAAGCCCCCUUCUGUGCCUCAGAAAUGUCAACUCUUUCUUCUUCCUCUUAUCAGUGUCCCGUCGUUGAAGCCGUCAAUUGCCCCCCCUCAAUGUCAACUCUUUUGUCCCGUCUUUUGAAGCCCUCUAUGCCUCAAAAUAUCAACUCUUUCGUCUUUCUCUUAUAUCAGUGUCCCGCCUUUGAAGCCCGCUUAUGUACCUCUGAAAUGUCAACUCUUUCGUAUUUCUCUAAUAUGAGUCCCCUUAAGCGCCUCAAAAUGUCAACUCUUUCGUCUUCCUCUUAUAUCAGUGUCCCGUCGUUGAAGCCCUUAAGUGCCUCGAAAUGUCAACGCUUUCGUCUUUCUCUUAUAUCAGUGUCCCGUCUUUUGAAGCCAUCUUAUGCCUCAGAAAUAUCAACUCUUUCGUCUUUCUCUUACAUCAGUGUCCCGCCUUUUGAAGCCCGCUUAAGUGACUCUGAAAUGUCAACUCUUUCGUAUUUCUCUUAUAUCAGUUGUCCCGCCUUUGAAGCCCCUUUCAGAAAUGUCAACUCUUUCAUUUUCUCUAAUAUCAGUUGUCCGUUUUUGAAGCCCUCCUCUAUAUCAGUGUCUUUCUCUAUCAGUGUCCCGUGUCUUUUCGAAGCCCUCUUAAGUGCCUCAGAAAUGUCAACUCUUUCGUCUUUCUCUAAUAUCAGUUGUCCUCGUCUUUUCGUAUUUCUCAGCCGUCUUUGGAAGCCUCUUAAGUGCCUCAGAAAUGUCAAUCAUCUUAAAUUUUCGUCUUUCUCUUAUUAUCAGUGUCCCGUCUUUGAAGCCCUCUUAAGUGCCUCUGAAAUGUCAACUCUUUCUUCUUUCUGUAUCAGUGUCCCGUCUUUGAAGCCCUCUUAA